AUGGACGAGCUUGGCAGGUCCUCGUUAGCUAUCGCGACGCAUUCCGAGUCGGACUUGCGAUCCUAUAUAGACGACGACUCCGGAAUAUACCCGCAGCCUAUGAAAUGUCUGCCCACAAGCACUGGUUUUUCCUUGCUCUCCGAUUACGAGCUGUCUGCAUCUGCUUCCCAACAAUUAUCACUCACGAGAGUGGCUUUCGAAUUGAAUGGCUUUUAUAUUACUCUAAGCGUCCCCUCUGGGGUUACAGUUUCAACUUCGAUCCAUGACAUUGAGCGAAUGCCAACACAAUAUGAAGUUGUGCCUGACACAAACAUGUCAUUAUGCCAGCCCAUGGGUUCCUCGAUGUCCUCCAACUCUUCCGACCAGUACACUGCUCCUCUUCGGGCCGUUGGGUCGCCUCGCAGCCUCUCCAGUCUAGAUACUGCAGACAGCUCAAGAUCUCAUCCGAAUCACGACAGCCCCAUUCCUCUGUAUACCCAGCAGCUGGAUGGCUUUCUCCCAAGCCUCCAAGAUCUCGACUUCGAGUCUCGCUUAGAAGAAUCCGCUUGCGACUUACAGAUUGAUCCUUUCUCUCGCAACCAACUCCAUACUCGGCGCGAGCUACCACGGAAGAGACUGGAAUUGCAGUGCAUCCGGACCGAGGGCCCGGAAGAGGUGCCCGGCAGCGUUAGUGCUAUUCAUACGGCCCAUAAGUGCGACCAUCCUGGGUGUUGCAAGUCGUUUCGCCGCAAGGAGCACUUAAAGAGACACAAACAAUCUAUUCACGGAGAGGGUCCCAACCGCUUCUCAUGCGAAUUCUGUGGAAAGCACCAGUUCAAUAGACAGGACAACCUCAACUCCCACCGCAGGCUGCAUGCCCGUGCGAACGCGAACAGGGGACGCGGUGGCGUGGAAUACAUCCCUGAUGCCGUUCGUCUUAUUGCGCAGGAAGAGCGCGGCCGAAAGCGUCGAGCUGCACCUAGAUCUAAAACCUUUGUCUGA